ACUAACCACCUUCGAUCACCCGAAUUCCCGAGGAUCCCGAUCAAUCAAAGUACAACCCGGACGGACUUGUCUGGUCUCGCUCCAGUAACUAUAAACUUGGUAUACACUUCUGCCAACUGCUAUGUCUUCACCUAGUGCUGGUAAGCGCCGUAUGGACACAGAUGUCAUAAAACUGAUAGAAAGCAAGCAUGAGGUUACUCUUUUAAACGGCUUGAAUGAGUUUUGUGUUAAACUCUAUGGACCACGUGGUACUCCAUACGAAGGUGGCUUAUGGAAAGUUCGCGUUCAUCUUCCCGAACAUUAUCCAUUUAAAUCUCCUUCAAUUGGCUUUAUUAAUAAAAUUUACCAUCCAAACAUUGAUGAAGUAUCUGGUACUGUUUGCCUUGAUGUUAUCAACCAAGCUUGGACUGCUUUAUAUGAUCUGCUUAAUAUUUUUGAGUCAUUUCUACCCCAGCUGCUUGCCUACCCAAAUCCAAUAGAUCCAUUAAAUGGUGAUGCGGCAGCUUUGUAUUUGCAUAAACCUGAACAAUAUAAAAAGCGUGUUGAAGAAUAUGUAAAAAAAUAUGCUACAGAAGAAGCUCUCAAAGAUGAUGGAAAUGCUGGUUCGGAUAGCGAUGAAUCAUCUAUGUCGGAGUUUAGUGAAAGUGAAGCACAAGACAUGGAGCUAUAGCCAUCAUUUUUAACUAAAAUUAAUUAAUAAUUAUAAAUAUUAUUAUGUAUCCAGUUUUUUUGUUUGUUUUCACUAAUUUACUUAAGUUUUAGUUAAAAUUAAGUAGAUAUUGGUAGGUUUUUUUAUGUUGAUCACAUUUUUACUAUACUUGGAGAAUUAAUCGUGUAGAUAUUUUUAUUAAAGACAAACAAUUAAUUAAAUUUGUGAUAUUCAUAGAAGGAAAUACAAUAAUAAUAAUAGUAAUACGUCAAACUUUAAACCCAUUUUUUAUUAGAUUUACACAUGUCUAUAGGACAGAAAAUUCUUGAAAUUUAUGUGCUUGGCUCUGUUGUACAAUCUUGUAAUAUUUAUUAUGAAAGCUAUAUCUAUAUAAAUACUUUUAAAUAUAUUUAUAGAUAUAAUCAAAAAAUUUAGAGCUUAAUUUUAAAAGUCAACUUGCUCUCUUAGGCAAGUACUUCUGCCUUAUUGUACCAAAUAUUGUUAAUGUGGUUUAAUCAAUUUUUAAAAUUCACAAUGCUGUUUGUAUGAACCAUAUCUUAAGAAUAACUCUAUCAUAUUUUGUAAAUUGUGGUUUAAUUUAGUAAUAUUUUAUUAAUGGUCUACAUAAAAACUAUAUUAAUAUUAUCUCAAAACAGAAUAUGUUUAACCUAAAAAUUACCUAUUUUAUAUUUUUCUUAUUUUUGAAAUAAAAUAUAUAUCAUCUAUCAACUUUUAUCACAUUUUAAUAGAAAACCAACAUUAGUAAACUAAUUAAUCUUAAUUAUAGAGCACAUAAUUUUCCAAAGUUUGUAUAUCCUAAUAAAGAAAAUAUGUAUAUUCAUGUUUAAAACAAAUUUACAAUGUAUUGGAAUUUCACCUUAAGAUAAUGGGUGUAAAGGUGACGUAAUUACAAUUAAUUUUUAAAAAUAAUUUGUGCCACAAUGGUGAAAGUAUACCAUGUAGCCUUAAGACUCUUGGAUUUUCAUAGAAAUAUUGUUGCUCUGUUAUCAUAUAUAGUUUUAUAUAAUAUCUUCACAGGUUUCUAUGUUAUUAAAUGCAGUGUUAUGGUGUUUAAAAGUUAUCUUUCUGUUCUAAUAAGUAACUGGCGAUUGCUUAGAUUAAUAAAUAUUUGUAAAAAUUCAUUCGUACUAUAAUAAAGCAAGUAUAUAAAAAUUGUAAUUUGAAAACAUAUUAAUUAACUAUCAAACAGUUAAUUUUUUUUUUUUUGUUGCUAUU